AUGAUCUCUGCUUCGGAGUCCGUGUGGAGGAUGAUCCGGCUGGCGGUGACAGUGGCGCUCUUAUCAGCCUGCACGGCGUCAGAGUACGAGUACCUGAGCUGGAAGUCGGACAUGUACAACGGCGGCCGCAGCUACGGGAAGCCUCCCCAGUGCGUGGACAUCCCGGAGGACCUCCGACUCUGUCACGACGUGGGCUACAACCAGAUGCUGCUGCCCAACGUGCUGGAGCACGAAACCAUGGCCGAGGUGAAGCAGCAGGCCAGCAGCUGGGUGCCCCUGGUGCACAAGAACUGCCACCCGGGCACGCAGGUCUUCCUCUGCUCGCUCUUUGCGCCCGUGUGCCUGGAGAGGCCCAUCUUCCCGUGCCGCUGGCUGUGCGAGGCCGUGCGGGACGGCUGCUCCCCCAUCAUGGAGUCGUAUGGCUUCCCCUGGCCGGAGAUGCUCAUCUGUGACAAGUUUCCCCAAGACGACGUGUGCAUCGCCAUGACGCAGCCCAACGCGACCAAGGCCCCCAUGCCGACAGGCUACUCUCCCAUCUGCCCUCCAUGUGACAAUGAAAUGAAAACAGACGCCAUGCUGGAGCACAUGUGUGCCAGCGAGUUCGCUUUCAAGACCAAGAUCAAGGAGGUGAAGCGAGAAAACACGGACCGCAAGGUGAUCCUGCAGAAGCGGAAGAAGAUGCUGAAACAGGGGAACCUGAAGAAGAAGGACAUGAAGUCGUUGGUGAUGUACUUGAAGAACGGUGCGGACUGCCCCUGCCAGCAGCUGGACAACCUGACGAACCAGUAUCUAAUCAUGGGCCGCAAGGUGGAUAAGCAGUACCUCCUCACGGGCAUCCACAAGUGGGACAAGUCCAGCAAAGAGUUCAAAAAAGCCAUCAAGAAACUCAAGACCUACAAAUGUCCCGCCUUUGAGAACGUCUUCUAAUAAUGUGACCCCGACCUGAAGCCGUUGGUCGCGUCUCGUCCCACAUGAAAUGAACUUGCACAAGCAUUAAAAAAAAAUCCCUUUUGCUUUCUAUUGCCCUGUUUAUAUAUCUAUAUAUAUCUUUGUAUAUUUACAGAUAUACUUUGAAAAUGUCCAUUGUUAAGUUUUAGUCGAAUGUGGUGAGUGAUGACACCACACACACAAAAAAAGGGGGGGUUUUCCUUUUGUUUCUUCUGCAAAAGCCCUUCCUGACUGAAAUCAUUUCAGUGUGUAGAUACUCUGUGACACUCUUUCACUCAGCAGCUCGGUGCGUUGUGCUUAAUAGUAAUAGUUGGAGAUUUUUUUUGGUGGGGGGGCUUUAUUACUGAGAGUGAGAAGAGAAAUAUUGACGUCAAGAUUGAUUGACUCAGCAGAUGGUUAGCUUAGCCUGGCCGUGCGACUGGAAACAGCGAGGAAACAGCUAGCGUGCUGCUCUCCAGAGGUAAAAAAAACAUGUUCUUUUUGUGUUUGUACAGAUUAAACUAGUUCAAUACAAUGUGUUGAAUGAGACACAUUAUGCUCAUUUUGAUUUUUUAUUUUGGGUUAUUACUAGAACAGGAUUACAAACACAUCAGUUUUCUCACGCUGUCCAGAAAGGCUGUUUGAGCUCGACCGUCUGAAUACCAGGUCUGCUCUCAUUCGUCAGCUCACACACGCCUGAGCCAAACGACUUCCUACGAGCCAAACUAGCCUCUCGGUUAAAGUCUGCAGAUGUGUUAAAUGGUGGCGUAAUGUGAUGUCUUAAAGGUGAGACUACUGACGUGACGUUUCAGAGAGAUUUGGUGAUAGUAACGCAGCAGAGGCUCGCCUCUACACCGCCUUCGUUUAUUCAAGCGGAUGCUGUUGUAAUGUGUUGUGAUGGAGAUCCAGACGCACCAUUCAUAGUGGAAAGUGACGAAGAUACUUUGUUUUGCUCUAAAUUACAUCAAAUUAUCAACACCAGUAAAGACCUGUCUGACUCUGUAUGGAGGGCUGAAAGGGUCACAUGUAUUUUCCAAAUUAAUUUUGGUAAUUUCAACAACAACGGCACAAUAGUUAAAGGCGACAGAGACAUUCAGGGGUCUAUCGUACAUCAUAGCUUGUCUCAGAGCAACACAGUUUUCAUUUUCAAAUAGUAGAAGUACCUGCGCCUCGACUGGUGUUAAAGUGAGGAGGUGUGGUCAGGCGCACUGAUACGUGUCUGUCAAUGGACCAACAAAAAUCUGGUCUAAAGUCGGACUGAGGUCUGCGAACAUUCAGACGGAGGGCCGCAGCGCUCCUCCUCCUCCUCAAAUAGAUAUCAGAAUUUUCUCAUAUGCAAUCAAACAGAGCUAUUGAUCAGACAGAUGAUUGUGGAAUGAUUACCUGCCGUUUAACUAGCGAAGUGGACUUGGACCCGCCCUGAGAGUCGGUACUACAGACGGGGUGGCAGAAACGUUUCCACCUGUAAGCUCUGAAUACUCAUAUAAGCUGCCAAAGACACAUUACUGUUGUCUGGUCUUGUAACGUUGGGUGGAAAUGUGGGAGUCCAGUGAAGGAUCAGACGUCGGUUCUCCUCCAGAAGGCUGCAGUCUAACCAUCUGCUGCGUCACGUUUAUUUUUUAGUGUACAAGCGAGAGAUUCAUGUCGAUCUCCUCGUCCGACUCUCAGCAAGAAAAAAAAAUGUCCAACUAUUCUUAUAAAUCUCUCUGAUUCUGAUCAUAUAAGAGCAAAAUCUUGUAAUCAAUGGCUACACAACUGGCAGUUGCAGGUUACUUGGCGCUUGAGAAGCCGUAGAGGGUGUCUGUUGAAUAACUUAUUGACAGAAGUAUGAGAGAGAACGCUGCCGUCACAUGAUUGUUUCUGUCAGACUAAAGACUGCACUACCAAUGAUUCUGAUCAUUUUAUUGUCAUUUAUUUCGUUUUCGUUGGUUUGUUUCUUUUUUUUUUUUUUUUGUUACUUGAAAAAUCAUCGUGCAGCCUGUGUGGCAGACAUCUUGAUUUAUUGUUGUCGGACAUUUGGCUGAACUCAAAAUUAUUAUUAUUUUUUUUUUUUUACCACUUUUCUGUCUCUGUACAUCCAGACUGCAUUAAUCAGUAUUCAUCAAUAAUGGAAACAAAAAGCCUUGUAGUCAGAGUGCAGACUGUGUUCUGGUUUGUUUGACUUGAAAGUCACAGUAAUGUUGCAGAUAUGAAUGUCAGCGGUUCAUUGCUGCCUGUUACAUGUACAUACAAAUUUUACAUAAAUAUUGAAAACUGAA